AUGGAUUCGCAGCUGCUUCUUCCGUCACUGCGACAAGAAAUCUUGACACAGGUGAAAGGUGGUGCGCGUGCGCGUGAGGAAGACUUCUCAGAUGCUCAUGACGCUCCGAAAGUGACUGGGAUCGUCUCUACCUGUCGAUGUGCCGCUAGAGCGUUUCAGCGAAAUGUUGACAACCAGAACCGUGAGGUCUUACUUGGCGGAUCCCGACCACGACCUACCAGACCAGUAAUUCCGUCUGGAAAAAGAAAAGAGUCCUCGGAGGUAGGCGACAACGAUAGCGGCCAUAUCGAGACAAAACCCAAUGAAGGAAUUCUGUUCUUUGACAAUGUCUUCCCCCUCAAGCUCCAGUGGCUAACUCGAAUACCAUUUCUGAACCCUGACGCAUUCCUCGCCGAAUCUCUCAGGAGAGUUAAUCACCCAGAUCUUGCUUUGGCCGACCCGUCGAGCAUCAUCAAGAGAGCCCUACCAGAAAGCCUGCCUAUUAAGGUCACCAAGGUCUUGCCGAGACUCAGGGAAGGAGGGGCAUUUGUCAAGUUUGCACAUGAGGAGGGAAUCACCGUGACAGAACUUGAAAAUACGUUGAAGGAGUAUCUGAAAGAGAAGCCAAUCAAGCCAUGGUUCAACCCAUUCCGGCAAGUGCGAGCCUUUCUCGUUCGAGGGAAGCCCUGGAUCGAAGAUCUCUAUCGCGUCCCGAGUUCCCGGGUUAAAGUCGAGUUUCUGCCGACCUCGCCAGAAACGUCUGCGGCCGAAUUGACGCAGGAAACACUCUAUUCCCUGUUUCGAAGAUAUGGCAAACUGGCCGAGAUCAUACCCGAGCCAUUUGACUCCAAGGUUCUUCCAAGAUAUGCAUACAUUGACUACACUCGGGUGAGAUUUGCGACGAUGGCCAAGAACUGCAUGCACGGCUAUGUCGUGAGUGCAGCUGGAGGAGGUGGAAAGGCAGGAACUCUACUCAAGCUCAGCUACGAACCUAGAAUCAAAGCAAACUGGGUCUGGAGCUGGAUCACUAGCCAUCCCAGAAUAGUGCUUCCUCUUGUUGUAGCACUGCUAACCGCGGCAUCAGUCGCAGUGUUCGAUCCAAUCCGAACCUUUUUCAUCCGGAUGCAUAUCACCCAUGGACUGCACUUGGAGGAUCAGCCACUGUAUAGAUGGGCGAAGAGCUGGGUCAGUCGAGGAUAUGACUAUAUUCGCCUCAGGAAGCAGGCGGAUAACAACGACAAUCUGAAAAUUGUGUGGGAGGAUCGUCAGGGAGCAAUCACUCAGCUGCAGACAUGGAUGAUCGAAACAGCAGAUACCUUCAUCGUGGUGCAGGGGCCUCGCGGAGCCGGCAAAAAGGAACUCGUUGUGGACCAAGCCCUGAAAGGUCGACCCAACAAGUUGAUCAUCGACUGCAAAAAGAUUCAGGAAGCUCGCGGAGACAGCGCGACAAUUGCUGCUGCGGCCGCCGAAGUCGGCUAUCGGCCAGUGUUUUCGUGGAUGAACAGUAUAAGCAGCAUGAUUGACUUGGCAGCCAUGGGCACAAUUGGAACCAAGACUGGAUUUUCCGAAACGCUCGAUACGCAAUUGGCGAAGAUAUGGGGCAACACCACCACUGCUUUGAAGAAGAUUGCGCUCUCUCACCGGAACAAGAAGGAUGAAAAGGAGGCUCAAAUGCCGGACGAUGAGUGGCUCGAGGCUCAUCCUGAGUAUCGACCUGUGGUUGUGAUUGAUAACUUCUUGCACAAAAAUAACGAAGGAUCUGCUAGUAUCGUGUAUGACAAGUUGGGUGAAUGGGCGGCGACAUUGACCACGCAGAACAUUGCGCAUGUGGUUUUCCUCACGACAGAUGUGUCGUUUACGAAGUCUUUAAGCAAGGCGUUACCUGACCGGGUUUUUCGCCAAAUCACUCUCAGUGACUGUACACCAGAGGUCGCCAAGAAACUCGUGUUGCAGCAUCUCAAAACCGGGGAGGAUGACACCGCGGGAGCCGAAGGGGAGGAGAAGAUGUCGCCUGCACAAAUGCAGAAUAACAUUGACGAGCUCGAUAGCGUCAUCCAGGUCCUUGGAGGCCGAUUAACCGACUUGGAAUUUCUCGCCCGCAGGAUCAAGACUGGCGAAACACCCGGAAAAGCUGUACGGCAGAUUAUCGAGCAAUCGGCCUCGGAGAUUUUGAAGAUGUAUCUUCUCGAUGUCGACAGCGCCAGCCGCAGCUGGACCCCACAGCAAGCGUGGCUACUCAUCAAACGUUUGGCGUCUGAUGAGGUCCUGCGAUACAACGAACUGCUUCUUGAUCCUCUCUUCGCCAACGGUGAACCUGUCCUGCAAGCACUCGAGCAGGCAGAGCUCAUCACGAUCACCUCCACUAAUGGGCGGCCCCACAGCAUCAAGCCCGGCAGGCCUGUGUAUCAGUCGGCGUUUGAGUAUCUUACCGACGAUGAAGUCCUCAAAGCACGACUCGACUUGGCCAUUCUUUCGCAACUGAUUAGUAGUGAGACCAAGAAUGUCGAAAAGUACGAGAACGAAUUGAGGAUUCUGGGCGAAUUGCCGGGGACGCCCAGCGAGAUCAAACCACGAACGCAAUACUGUUUGGCCAAGGUGAUGGGAUCUCAGAUGAAGAUAUCUCAGUACGAGACUGAAAGUGGUAAGCUGAAGAAGGUGCUUUCGAGCAAGUUCUAG